UAAUGCUUAUGAUUUUUGUAUUGGUGAUGGACUUGCAUCAAUAAGAGAAAAAGUUCUAACCAACGUAAAGAAUCUGAAAACAACUGAAACAUACGGUUUACCACUUAAAAUUGAUUUGAAAGUGGGCGCUAAGUAUAUGAUGACAGUGAAUAUUGACACUGAAGAUGGAUUGGUAAAUGGCGCCUGUGGAAAAUUGAUAAUGAUUGAUUAUGGAAAGCUUCAAAAGACUAAUGAGACAGUACCAUGUCGACUAUGGAUUAAAUUUAAUGAAGAGAAAACUGGAAGAAAAACCAGAGCUAAUUUUCAAAAUGUAAUGCGAUUAAGAAAUAUUGAUCUCAGUCUCACACCAGUUGAACCAGUAACACGGCAAAUAAAUACAAGGUCAACAAAUUUCAAAGUAGAACGUAAACAGUUCCCUGUAGUUCCUUGUGAAGCAAUGACGAUAUAUAAAAGUCAAGGUGGUACUUAUGAAAAAGUCGUUGUCAAUCUAAAGAAAGGGAUGACACGAUCUGAAUUAUAUGUCUCUUGUAGUCGUGCAACAAAAUCAAGUGGUUUAUAUUUAAUUGGCGACUUCGUUCCACCAAAACCACCUGAACGUAAUGAUGCAGUAGCGACGAUGUUCAAAAGCAUGAGAUCCGAACGAAUGCUGAAAUUUUCACUUGAAUUUCCUGAAGAAUCUUAA